AUGAAGAACAAGGCCUCCACAUUCUUGAAGCAAAUAGUCACUCUCAUCACGGCUGUCGUGAAGGCCAGGACGAUGGCGGUGAAGAACAAAACGGCGGCCCUUAAGACAAGGCUCAUGAUCUUAGGCUUUUUGCGGAACAAGAAGGUGAUGAUGAGCACAAUCUCUCACAAGAUCCAUGCACUGAUGAGCCAAGACAAAGUAAGGUUAAGCGGCCCUACGAAUGAAAACAACAACAAGGCAAUCGUGCUCCGUAAUUCAUCGAUAGACGAAAGGAAAGCUGAUUAUGAGGAGUUAAAAUUUGUCGACUACAUUGAAGAAGACGACGACGAUGAUUAUGACUCACCCGACCUCACGCAUUCCCUAUUCGAUUUGGAUGAUGAGGACGAAGAAGAUUAUGGACUUGUAGAGAGCACGGGUUCGGUCAUAGAGUUGGUAAGGAACUCGCGACAGGAGUUCAACCUCGAGGACGAGAUCGACCACGUAGCUGACAUGUUCAUAAGGAAGAUUCAUAAACAGAUGAGAUUACAGAAACAGGAUUCAUUGAAGAGCUACCAAGAUAUGCUUGAUAGGAGUAUUUAG